UCGAGAAACUGUCCUUCAGCGGAAAUAGUACGGGUACAAAUAGGCUAAUAGAUCUCAAUGAGAAGUCCACCACGCAGGAUGCGCACUUGAAUAACAAACGAGUGAAUAUCAAGCGGCGCAAGGAAUACAGUUGGUCGCGGAUGGAAGAGCACUGGCUGGCGGAGUGGUUCCUUUGCAGCGAGAAUGCUCUGCAAUGGCAGCGUGCUGUGGAAAACGACGCGAGUUUGACGUCAGAUGCCGGUCGCAGCCGCAGCGACGCGGCUGGUGAUAUUUCCCAGUAUUUAAUCCAGAAGGGAUGUUUUGCCUUCGAAGCCGAUGUCAUUCUGCGGCGCAUCGCCAAGAUGCAGGGCAAAGCGUUGCCGACGGUUCGGCGUCUCAAGAAAUUCUACCGCGCGGCGAAUUCUGAAAGAAAUGUUGCAACGGUUGGCAAAAGAGAAGUUAUCCCGGAGACGUCAUUACCCGCGGAUGAUCCACCGGAAGUGACGUCGCCACAACGGAAAUCGAAAAAGCGGUGCAAAUUGGUGAACGGGACAUCGGUAGAAAAGACACAGUGGAAAGCACACCGCUGGUCAAAAGCCGAUGAAGCCGCGUUAGUGGAGUGGCUGGAGACCGAUGAUAAUUUGGAAAAAUGGCGAAAUGCUGGAGUUAAUGAUCCGUCCGCGGAAACUCCACCGGAUAGUCGGAAUAAAACGGAAUUAGGGAAGAUAGCGCGGGAGUGGAUUGUGGAGCGGUGCGGUACGGCAACGGGGCUGUUUACCGUGAAAGCGAUCAAGGAGAAAGUGGCCGUUAUGCUCAGUGACUGGAACACGGCCAAUGAGUAUCUGCUGCGCACCGGCAAGGAGGCUGUAACGUUCGGGGAGGCGUGGACGCUGAAACGGGCGGCCCACGAAUCAUUGCCGACCGGUGCCGAUUCGACGCAGCACGCUGAAAAUGCAGCGGAUGUCGAGGAUUCACCUCCCGCUUCGCCUCCCGCCGUCGCCGUAAACGCCAUGAGGAAUGGUGCUCUCGAUGAGGAGGAAUCCGCGGCCGUCAUCCUAGCGUUUCUCUCCCGCAAAGCCCUCGCCCACCGCAUCUGGCCCCCACGCCUGAGCCGUGUGAAAAAGUACCGCUGUCGGCGGGGAUGCGAGGCCCGCUUGCCCACGCCGCUUCUGCGCGACAUCCACCACGUGCGACACCGCCGCGGCGACUGGGCGGCGGACGCGUCCACUCCCGUCUGUCCCGCCUGUGAUGCCGUUCCGGAUGACUGGAUGGCGCUGUGCGACCAUGUCGAUGCCGAGCACCGGUUGCUUGGUGUGUACCGGAGGCCGAAGCCGGUGAAAGCGAUGAAGGUGAAGCGGAUCAAAGGCGAAAGCGGGCGCAGCGUUUACCCGAAAUGCCAGGAAUGCGAAAUGGAAUUUAUUUCGCGUCCGGUCCGGGAAGUCCACUACUGGCGUCAUGAGGAAACGUUGCCGGAGGAUACCGACCAGGAGCAGCAGUGUCCCGCCUGCACCUUCUCCACGGUCAGCCGGUCGACGCUGAUCGCACACGUGGACGAGCGGCAUUCGCGGAAAGAUCUACACCAGUGUCCGCGCUGUAAACGCUCCUUCAUCUCCUACCGACGCCUGGAGCGUCAUAUCCAGCACACACAUCUCAUGUCCGAUGCGGAGAAGCCCUUGGAGUGUCCCACGUGCCAUAAGAAAUUCUCUUCCAACCCUUCUUUUGUGCGGCAUCUCAAGGUUCAUCUCGGACCAGACAGCAUCAGCUGUCCAUUAUGCGAGCAGAAAUUCCCAAAAUUACCGAAACUGUACGAGCACAUGCAGCAGCUGCACUCAACGGAUGGCCAGCUGGUCUGUUCCAUCUGUGACAGGAAAGUGCCCAUUAAAUGCAAAGAGAGCUUCAAGAAUUUCCGCAUCCACGCCCGGGGCCACGUGGAAUACCACGAAUACCCGUGCAAUAUUUGCGGCAAAAUCUUCAAACGUUCCAGCUCCCGCACUAAACACAUGGAGGGAGUGCACAGCGCCGGUCGGCAUCAUCGCUGUGACUGUGGGAAAGCCUUCACUUCGCGGGGGCAUCUUCGUCAGCACAAGAGAGUGGUACAUGAGAAGGACAAGGUGGAUGGACGAAAGAACGCAACAGGUGGCAAGAGUGUGGCGCAGAAUAAGGACUACGUUCCGCCGCAGAAAACGAAGCACUACUCCGAGUUCCCGUAUCAGUGCGAGGAGUGUCAGCAGGGAUUCGUCCGUCGCGGGAUGUUCGCCUAUCAUCUGACCGUCCGCCACCCGGAGCGGUCGCUGGACGCUGAGCCGCAGUUGAUGCUCUCCAGCACCGCCGUGCAUCCCAAUCAGUGACCUUAGAUUUGUUAUCGUCCUUCACAAAACAUCCAAAGAAAAAUUAAUCAAGAGCUAACAGCUAAGAGAGCAUAAGAAAACUAAGAAAUUUUACUAGCGACCACCGGUUGAAUGCCAAUGAUGCAGUCUUCCUGUUUUUUUCCUACUGUUUCUGUGAUUGGUGUGUUGUGAUCUUUUUGUUGUUUCCAUUUGAUAAAUCGGUUAUUUCAUCUGCCAUCAGAUAGCAGUACUGUUUUUUGUUUUGUAAAUUCCCGCCCGGACUUGGGUUAUUUGACAAAAUGUUGUUUUUUUUUAAUGACUGAUGUGUUGAUGCAAGAUACUACCCUACAGUAGAGGUACUGCCGGAAGAAGAGGCCCCAUUCAUAGAACUACUA